UGCUUGUUUGUAAAUCCUGUAACUCAGUGGUGUGAGGCGACGACUCUGAGAAAAUGAGGAUUCUUUUUCUGGCUCUGUGUGUCUGGACGUGUCGGGCCGACAGAGAUCUAAAAUGUCCCAAACCGGCUCUCAAAAACGGCUUUCUGGUCCCUGAUGUGAGAGAGUACAGAGACGGCGCCACCGUUCAGUACGCCUGCAACAACGGCAUGAGACCCCCGCUGGAGACCUGGUGGGGGGAAGUAAGGUGUGAGAGAGGGGUGUGGUCUCACGACCCUCUGUGCAUCGAUGCCACGUCAUGUAUCGCCCCGAAAAUACCCAACGGCAAACCAGAGGGGGAGCCGAACCCCGCUUACCCUGACAGAUCCGUGGUUUACUUCACAUGUAACAAAGGUUACUGGUUUAAUGGAAAAAAAGAGUACGCCACGUGUGACAGGAGACGCUGGACGCUGCCGGUGUGUGAACGGAAGCCGAACGCAUGCGGCCCACCGUCUCGCCUGGAAAAUGCGAUGAUCAAACAAGCCUAUCAGGACAUUUAUGAGGACGGCGAACACGUGGAGUACGUUUGUAGAGACGAUUACGAGCUAGUGGGAGACAGAUAUAGCCACUGUUCGGCGAGCCAGUGGAGACCGACGCCUGCGUGUGUGAAAAGAGAGAUAAAGCCCAAACCGAACGAUCCGAAGACCGCAGAGAGUCACCAGCAACCAGAUGCCACGUCAUGUAUCGCCCCGAAAAUACCCAACGGCAAACCAGAGGAGGAGCCGAACCCCGCUUACCCUGACAGAUCCGUGGUUUACUUCACAUGUAACAUAGGUUACUGGUUUAAUGGAAAAAAAGAGUAUGCCACGUGUGACAGGGGACGCUGGAUGCUGCCGGUGUGUGAACGUUCAUCGACCACUGAACGAGAAGCCGUGGGCAGGAGCUUCCUCCCCGUGUCACUGUGUGGAGAUCAGCCGUACCUGGAGAACGGAGACGUCUCAAAGCAGGCGGAUGACAUGGCAUUAAAGUUGCAGUGUGCAAAAUAUUACAAGCUCGCGGGAUCGGACACGGUGCUCUGCGGCGCCGACCGACAGUGGACGGAGCUGCCCGUGUGUAAACCUCCGUGUGUUUUGGAUCGUGCUCGCUUUUACGAUUCUGCUUGGAAUUUUGACCCGUACAUGCAGGACGGCACCGAGAGAAGCGAGUGGUGUAAAAAUUAUCUUCGAGGACAUAUAACAAUCAGAUGUGUGGACGGGAGAGCUCUCUACAACGGAUGCGGGUAUCACGACUGGGUGGAUUAAAAUCUGUAUCUGAAUCGCAGCCGCCUGCCGAAGCUGCCGCACCAUCGAGCUCGGACACGGACGGUCCGGCUGCUAUCAGUCAAUAAAAGAAAAUGAAUCCUACAA